AUGGACCUCUUUGUCUACGAACCGAUCGAUCUCGAGCGUCCCGCGUUUCGACUUUUACAGCUGCUACGAGGCAAUGAGCCAGUCAUCGAGUGUAGGCUGUACCAAGUCUACCUCGAUGGCACCGACACGGUUCCGUAUGAUGCUUUAUCAUAUACUUGGGGAGGUACGGACAAGACGUCUACCGUAACAGUGAACGAGAAGACGUUUGAUGUCACCGAGAAUCUACAUUCAGCCCUUCAGCAUCUUCGCUCGGAGGAUACAGACAGGGUACUCUGGGUUGAUGCUAUUUGUAUCGAUCAGAGCAACGAACUAGAGCGGGGACACCAGGUCCAAAGAAUGUGCAAGAUCUAUUCGCAAGCGGAGGAGGUGCUUGUCUGGUUAGGCCAAGCAACAGAUGAAACCGAUCUCUUGAUGGACUCUCUUCGGCGACUAGAAGAGUGCAGUUUGAUUUAUGAGCACAGAAGCUGGGAUCUCAUGCAGUGGAACACAUUCUGGCUGUUAGUUCCUCAAGAUCAAACUUCCAAGCCGCGUGAAGGCUUAGAGCUGCUCUUAAAGAGACCUUGGUUCAGCAGAGUCUGGAUCUUGCAGGAGAUAGCCAAUGCAAAGAAGGCGCGUAUUUGGUGCGGCACCAAAUUUGUUCGGGCACGUACUUUUGCUCUGGCACCGUCACUCAUAGGCGUCAAACCAGAACGGCAUUGUCAAGCUGUCUUGGACAUCAUGCCUGGGCGCUUGCGGGAGGAGACCUGGUGGAGCGAGAGCAGAGACUUGUACAAUCUUUUGCUGAAGUUCAGCGAAAGCAAAGCGAGCGACCCACGAGACAAAGUAUACGCCUUAUUAGGCAUAUCUUCAGAUGCUUGCGACACAGAUAGCCUCCGUCCAGACUAUACGAAAGACCUUCAGGGGGUCAUACGCGAUACUUCUUCAUUCUUGUUCGGACCGUCAGAUGUUUCCUACGAGACGAUGCCAAAGCUUCUAGAGGAUCUUACUUUACGAAAUUCUACAUCUUUCUUGGAACUUAUUCGAACGUCUGAUGUGAGGGCAGUUGAAAGUUUCCUAAUGCGGCGAGGACUCGAGGUACCACUGUCGGAAGAUAUGGUCAAGAGCGCAGUGGGAAACGAAGAAAGUGGGACAGAUAUCACAAGUCUUUUUCUUCAGAAACGUAGAAGCGAAGUCAAGGUAACGGAAGGAGUAAUCAAAGCCGCCGUAGGGAACGCAGGGCAUAGGAGAGCUAUUAUGAUUCUUCUUCUUCAACAACGCGAAACCGAGGUUUUAGUAACAAAGGAGAUUAUCAACGCACUUCAGACGAUAUCUAAGAGAGACCACGAGGCGGUGGUACAGCUGCUUCUUAACAAGAGCGCUGACGUUGACUCGCUGGUUGAAUACUACGGAAAAGUACUCCAUGCAGCUUCGUACAGUGGCAACGAGGUGGCGGUGCGGGUACUGCUCAAUCAUGGCGCCGAUCUCAACGCGCGGGGUGGCGAGCACGGCAACGCACUCCAGGCGGCUUCAUCUGGAGGCCACGAGGUAGUGGUGCAGGUGCUGCUCGACGAGGGCGCCGACGUCAAUGCCCAGGAUGAAUACCACGGUAACGCACUUCAGGCGGCUUCAGCUAGAGGCCACGAGGUAGUAGUGAAGCUGCUGCUCGACGAGGGCGCCUACAUCAACGCGCAGGGUGGACACUAUGGCAACGCACUCCAGGCGGCUUCAUCUAGAGGCCACGAGGCCGUAGUAAAGAUGCUGCUUAAUAAGGGCGCCGACGUUAAUGCAGAGGGUGAAUACUACGGCAACGCACUCUAUGCGGCUUCAGCUGCAGGCUACGUGGCGGUGGUAAAGCUGCUGCUUGACAAGAGCGCGGGUGCCGACGCACAGAGUAGAUACCAUGACAACGCACUUCAGGCGGCUUUAGCUGGAGGUCACGAGGUAGUGGUGAAGCUGCUGCUCAAUAAGGGUGCCAACAUCAUCGCUCAGGGUAAGGGCCACGGUAAAGCACUCUAUGCGGCGUCAGUCAGAGGCGACCAGGCGGUGGUGAAGCUGCUGCUCAACAAGGGAGCUGCCAUCAACGCACGGAGUUGGACCUACGACAAAGCACUCUAUGCGGCUUCAUCUAGAGGCCACGAGACGGUGGUAAAGCUGCUGCUCGACAAGGGUGCUGACGCCAAUGCUCACGAUGAAUACUACGGUAACACGCUCUAUGCAGCUUCAGCUGCAGGCCACAAGGUAGUGGUGAAGCUGCUACUCGACAGGGGCGCUGACGUUAACGCGUACGAUGGAAAUUACCGUAACGCACUCCAGGCGGCUUCGUACGAGGGCAACGAGAUAAUAGUAGACUUACUGCUAGAUUGUGGCGACGACGCCAGUGUGAAGAGUGAGUAUCAUGGCAACGCACUUUAUGCGGCUUCAGCUGGAGGCUACGAAGAGGUGGUGAGGCUACUGCUUGACAAGGGCGCCGACGUCAACGCGCAAAGCUGGACCUACGACAAAGCACUCUAUGUGGCUUCAUCUAGGGGCCACAAGGCAGUGGUGAAGCUGCUGCUCGACAGGGGCGCUGACGUUAACGCGUAUGAUGGAAAUUACUGUAACGCACUCCAGGCGGCUUCAGCUGCAGGCCACGAGGUAGUGGUGCAGAUGCUGCUCGACAAGGGCGCCAACGUUAAUGCGCAGGAUAAAUACUACGCUAACGCACUCUAUGCGGCUUCAGAUAGAGGCCACAAGGUGGUGGUAAAGAUGCUGCUCAAUAAGGGCGCCGACGUCAACGCGCAAGGUGGACACUACGGAAACGCACUCCAGGCGGCUUCAGAUAGAGGCCACGAAGCAGUGGUAAAGCUGCUGCUCGACGAGGGUGCCUACGUCAAUAAACGGAGCUGGACUUACGACAACGCACUCUAUGCAGCUUCAAAGAGAGGCCAUGAGGCGGUGGUGAAGAUGCUGCUCGACAAGGGCGCUGACGUGAACGCGCACAGCGGGAAUUACGGCAACGCACUUCAUGCUGCUUCAACUGCAGGCCACGAGGCGGUGGUGAGGCUGCUUCUUGACAAGGGGGCUAACGUCAAAGCGCAGAGCUGGAACCACGGCAACGCACUCCAAGCAGCUUCAUCUGCAGGCUACAAGACGAUAGUCAAGCUGCUUCUCGACAAGGGCACCAGCGUGAACAUGCGGGGUGGACACUACGGCAGCGCAAUCCAGGCGGCUUCAGCUGCAGGCCACGAGGCGGUGGUGAAGCUGCUGCUCGACAAGGGUGCCUACAUCAACGCGCAGGGUGGACACUAUGGCAACGCACUCCAGGCGGCUUCAGCUGCAGGCUGCAAGGCGGUGGUAAAGCUGCUGCUCGACAAGGGCGCCGCCAAUGCGCAGGGUGGAUACUACGGCAACGCACUCCAGGCGGCUUCAGCUGCAGGCCACGAGGUAGUGGUGAAGCUGCUGCUCGACAAGGGCGCCAAUGUCAACGCGCAGGGUGGACACUACGGCAGCGCAAUCCAGGCGGCUUCAGCUGCAGGCCACGAGGCGGUGGUGAAGCUGCUGCUCGACAAGGGCGCCAAUGUCAACGCGCAGGGUGGACGCUACGGCAACGCACUCCAGGCGGCUUCAGAAGGAGGCCGCGAGGCAGUGGUAAAGCUGCUGCUCGACAAGGGCGCCGCCAAUGCGCAGGGUGGAUACUACUACGGCAGCGCACUUCAGGCGGCUUCAGCUAGGGGCCACGAGGCCGUGGCAAAGCUGCUGCUCGACAAGGGCGCCGCCAUAUAA